CGCGCCCUCGGUGUUUUUAUUUACAUUAAAUCCGCGGGAGGGACGCGAGGAUGCAUGGCGAGGACGCGCCUGAAAUUGUGCGAAGAACCACGCCGACAUUCAUCCCGUGAAAGGAGCAAACGACGAUCUCGAGAUCUCCGUCGCUUCCCGGUAGGACGCCAACGAAAGAGGAGGAGGAGGAGGAGGAGGAUUUGGAACGAUCAUCCUCUGCGACGCGCUCGAACGACUCGACCAAGUUUCAUCCGUAUCAAUCCGAGCAAUAACACAGACCAGCGCCGAGGAAUACUCCACCGUUACGGCGGACACUUAUCAGCGGAUAGUCAAAAUAUUUUUAUAAGAUUGUAAGUCUAUAAGAGAGCAAAGGAGUAUGACGUUACAGUGAUUCCACAUCUAGAAGAGUCUUAUUAAUUAAUUCAGUCUGGAUCAUUUCGAUAUAGGGAGAGUUACCAAAUCCUCAAGUGGAUAUUGUAUGCUGUUUUGUUGUGCCGCAUACGCGAGAAGAAGUGCUUCAGAAUAGAAUCAGUUCAGUGCCAUGUACAGAAAGCCAAAAGUUUGUUGAGAUUGGUGCCGCAAGUGAUAUGAGGCGUAUCGAAGAUAAGGCUUGACCGGAAGGAGAGCUUGGAUAUUCUGAUACUUUAUAUUUUCUUGGAAAUAUGGACGACAGAAGGGUAGCGGAUUAUUUUGUUAUCGCCGGUCUACCUGGUCAGGAUGAUGAGCUCAGCGAGGACAAUGAAGCUAACAAUAAGUUGGAGGAUUGGUGUCAGGAAGGCACUCAUCUCAAGGAUAUGCAUAUGCCACCCCCUAUCACGGAUCUUGCCGUAAUAUUCCCUGCACUGGGAGAACACUGUCCGGAGGAAUAUACACUAUUAGAAUAUACUGUAUCCGGUUUCCCAGCGGACUUGAAUCAUGGGAGUUUACGGACAAAUGAGUGUUACUUGUGCUAUAGAAGAGGGCGAGAUAAACCUCCAUUGGUUGAUAUUGGUGUGAUAUAUGAUGGGAAAGAACGUAUAAUGCAAGAUGCUGAAAUGGUAUUAGAAACCCCUAAGGGCCAUGUCGCAAAUGUGAAUAAUUCUACUUCGAAAAUUUUUGUAACAUAUAGACGAGCGAGUCGAAAGAUGCCUUGCAAUUCCCUUGUGGUCACAGACAUAUGUGUUAUCUUGACGAAUAAAGGGGAAAGCCCGCCGCACGCAUUCUGUGUUAUUAAUAAGAAUCUGAACAAGGGGAUGCUAGGCAGCGAUGUGUUUUUGUGCUACAAGAAAUCUAUGAACCGCGCUAAUUUAGUAUCGUUUAAACCGGCGAUACUCUACAAAUAUCCCAUGGUGGAUUACAACAGUUUCGUCUUUCCUAAUUCUGUCGCCAUGUUUUGUUUACCGAUGGGUGCGACUAUAGAAUGUUGGCCUAAAGUAGCAUGCAAACCGAAACCGGUAUUCUCGACGUUCGUCCUAACGGUCGCCGAUGCUGCUCAAAAAAUAUAUGGUUCAGCAAUAACGUUUUACGAGGAGCUUCAAAUGGAGCCUGAUACUCCAAAUUGCAAAAAUAAUCAGGAAAUCAUGGACACAGUCGAGAAUAAUAAAAAUAGUGAUAAUAUGGAAAUAACUAAAGAUAAGCCACAAGUAAAGAUGAAGAUGUUUAAGAGAACUGGUAUACUCAAGAAGCUCAGUAUAUUAGAAUUGGAAAGAUUGCAGUAUACAGAUCCUGCAAGCCAAUCACUGAAUAUUAGUAAAUCUAUAUGCAUACUGUCUCACUGGCCAUUCUUUGACACGUUCGAGAAGUUUUUAGUUUUUCUACAUCGCAUGGUGAACAACAAACCGCAGAAUGUCCCAAUCGAGAAGUAUAUCUCGUAUUUUUUAUGUGAUAUACCGUUUCCGAGUCCGCAACGCCCACGAAUCUUGGUACAGCUCAGUAGUCAGGAUAGAUUGAUCUUGACUCAGCCGGAGGAUUUAGCGCUGCCCAGAUCAGGCGCAAGUUUCAGGCAAUUACUGAUAAACUUGGGACCUGAUAAUUGUUUAUUGAUAUUGUUACUAAUAUUAACGGAACAGAAAAUACUGGUUCACUCUUUACGCCCGGAUGUGUUAACUUCUGUGAGCGAGGCUAUUGCUAUGAUUCUAUUUCCUUUCAAAUGGCAAUGUCCUUACAUACCAUUGUGUCCUUUAGGAUUAGCGGAGGUAUUGCAUGCGCCAUUGCCAUUUCUGAUCGGUGUGGAUUCAAGGUUCUUUGAUUUAUAUGAUCCUCCUUCUGAUGUCAACUGUGUAAAUUUGGAUACGAAUAACAUAGCGAUAUGCGAUGAUAAAAAAUAUUUAAAUGUUAAAUUACUACCUAAAAAGGCAGCCAGACAACUCAGAAAUUGGUUAGAGCAUUUGUCCUCCAAGAUAAUUUUGUGGGGAAAAACUAGUUGUUCUCAGAAAGAUAGAGGAGAUGAAGACUUUAGUGUGGACAGAGAAUUUCAACAAAAACGAAAGGAGCAAGCUUUAGAACUCGAAAUACAGGAUGCUUUCUUAAGAUUCAUGGCAACAAUUCUCAAAGGUUACCGAAGCUAUCUGUUACCGAUUACGAAAGCACCAACUGUAGGAACGACGGAUCCGACAAGUUUAUUUAAUAUUCAAGCGUUUUUGAGAAGCCGUGAUAAAGCCCAUGCUAAAUUUUACACCAUGCUCGUCAGAACGCAAAUGUUUAUUAGAUUCAUAGAAGAGAGAAGUUUCGUAUCUGAUAUGGAUAUGGCAGGGUUAGCGUUUUUCGAUGAGUGUACAGAACGAGUUGAGGAGGAAAAUGUAACUCUUUUGGAACUAGAUGAAUCUCAACACAGUGAACGUACAGUAUUUAUACCUCCACCUGAAGCAGGGACAAAUCAAACACCAAUAAUAUAUAAAUCGUUCAAAUUGAAUCCGGAUCUAAUGAGGCCUCAGAAGAAUUUCUGUUUAAAGAAUCCAUCUUUAAGUGCCUUUGGUAUGGUACCUGGGAGUCCUAUGGCUCGUAGAACAAAGCAUGAAAUCAAAGUUGCUCAAAGGAUGGCUCGAAAACAAGCUGCGAUGCCGGAUAGAUGGGGUAGAUGCCUGCUCGGUACAUGUCAUAGUCUUUGGUUUCUGCAUUUACCAGCCAUGUUACAAGUCUCUAACCAACCUGCUGCGAUUUUACAUCAGGCUUAUGAAGUAUUAGUCAAGAUGCAGAAGUUACGUCUUGAUCCUAUGGAAGAAGUAUGCUACAGAGCUAUGAUGCAACUUUGUGGCGUAUAUGGGCAACCAGUUUUAGCUGUAAAGUUAUUAUUCCAUAUGAAACGCAGUGGCGUUCAACCUAACGCUUUAACAUACGGAUUUUACAAUAAGGCUGUUCUGGAGGCAACUUGGCCUUCCGAUAUGACAAACUCAAGUCAGCUAAUGUGGAACAAAUUACGGAAUGUCAUCGUUGGUGCAGCUCUAUUUAAAAAGGCUGGAAAAAAGAGUGCUAAAAGACGAUUGAGCUCUAAUGUGGACUUUUUAACCGCCGAUAAGAUUGAAUGCAUGGAGCAUGCGCUUUCUCGGUCUAGUCUCGACAGUUCCCAUUCUCAAGAUACUGAAGCUGCACAUAGUGAUUCCACUAAAGGCAGUUCUGUGUCGGAUCUACCCGGAUUCGGAUCAUUUGAAUUAAAAACUAAGCUUCUUCGGCAGAAUAGUAUAGUGAAAGAUCAAACAACGCUAAGUAUGUUACAAACGGACGAAUUGGAACAAACACCGAGUAAUCCAAGGCUAACGCGCAGUGUCGAAUCGCCAUUAAAAAGUCCCAUACGCACACCAGUUACGGAAAAUGACCCAUUGGGUGCUCUCAUUAAUGACGAAACACCGAUUGUGUCACCUUCCGAGGAAAAUGAUUCAAAUUGCUCAACAAGUACUUUAACGGUUUUAAAUAAUACGACUGAAGAGAGACCAGGAGGGCCGCUCUUAUUUAGAAGCAACAUCCUCCCACGUAGUGCGACGUUUCAUCAAGCGGUAGAUGAAAGUGGUAUGACAGUGGGUGGGCAUCUGCAGAGGAGUGAGACAAUGCCUCACUCCGUGGCGCAACAAGGGGAACAGGAGAGAGAAAAGGAGAGACUGGAAAUAAGCAGUCUUUGGUCUCAGAAUAAAGAUAGUGUAACAUCCAGCCUCUCUAGCUUAGGAUCUAGUCUUAAACUUAGUUUUGGACGAUACUCCACGGGUGGAUUGGCGUUUGCUAAAAAUAAGGAUUUAAUAUCAUCAAAUCAACUUAUUGAAUCUCUUAGUCUCUCCAGCUACAUCAGCCCAUCAAGUUUAACAGGAAAGAAAUCGAACGAAAUAAUACUCGGCGGUCUGAAUAGUUUGAAAUCUGCUGCGACGACAGUGGUAAAAAAAUUUGACGAAAUAAAAGAAGCCAUCUCGGCGACAAGCACACCAGUAAAAAAUAAGGAACGCGAACAAAAAAUAGCAUACGGAGUAUCGCAUGAAUCUUUAGAUUCUCUCACCGAUGGAUCUAUACAAGAUCGAAAUGAGACUUCCAUGAGAGCAUCAGGUGAUGGAAAUUUAGAUUUGUGUUCAUUGUACGAGCUCGCGGAGUGUCUGUAUCCAAAGGGUACCAGAGAAUUGGAGGAACGUCUUGCCAUUGAGCUUGUGCUUUCUAGUGCCAGUAGAUGCCAUUUGCCUGUAAAUUGCGCUGCCAUUCUAUACGAUGAGGAGAUAAUGGCUGGUUGGCAGCCGGAAGAUUCCAACUUAAACACUGUCUGCCAGUAUUGUGACAAGGCUACUGUACCUCUCCUCACAGUUACAAUAUUAGAUUAUAGAUGUGAAUCUAGCGAGAAGAAUAAUGAUCCUCUCAUGGGAGCAUUAGUGGAAUUGUUAGAUCAGCCAAAGGAGUCGUUGGAACCGAUAACGGUACCAUAUUUGAAUCCAUUGGUUCUAAGAAAAGAAUUGGAAAGCGUCCUAAGUCAAGAAGGGGACGCAUGUCUCACCAAGCACAGAUUUAUUCAAGAACAUCCGAUAGUAUAUUGGAAUCUGAUAUGGUAUUUCGAAAGGAUUAACUUAACAAGUCAUCUACCUGAUCUUUGGUUGAAUAAUGAUAAGAACUCGGAACUUCAGAGAACUAUAGGAGCGGUGGGUGUUAGAACCAUGUGGGAUAAUGAACGGUUACACAUGGAUCGUUUGCCUAUGUAUCUCCAGUGGAAGUCAAAUUCCACAGAAGACAGAACAUUGAUGCAAGCAGUGAUAACAUAUGUCCGUUGCAACGAUUUAGCAGAACCUAUAAUAAGAGUGGCCUUAGAAAGAAGUAAACAUCAAACAGGCGAUCAUCCGUUUUCUAUAUAUAGGGAUAUACUGUUCCUGGCAUUUACUGUAUUAGGCAGAACGAAUAUCGAUCAAGGCGUCUUCGACAGAGAAUACAGUUUAUCGCUGGAGAAAUUCUCCGAAAAUGAGGAGAAAUUAUUACAUAAAAUCGAUGCUCCGCCAACGAUGAUGUCAGUAUAUUGCAAAUAUUACUUCAAGCAACUGAACGUGUAAGGACCGCACAAGCAUCCGUAAUCCCGAAGAUGCUUGAAGAAGAUUCUUCCGAGAUCUUUCGAGAGAUCGGAGAAGGUGUGAUAUAUGUAUAAAUAAUUCUCGCGAAUACUUUUUGACAGUACUUGCGCGAUUGCGCACGAAAUGAAGAUGCGUGCUAAGGGACGAUGUUAAAAUUUUGUCAUGUCUUGAAAUGUGACGACGGCAGCGACGGCUGCUACAUGUUGAAUGUUUAUUAUUGUCUAACACGAAGGACUAUUAAUGUUAUCGACGAUGAAUUACGCUCGAGUCCAAUCUACAGCACCAUUUCUCGAAAUACGAUCGGCAUUCUACGGUCGGUCUCAUAGCGUCGACGUGCAAACUAACAUUACCUCAUCCUCGUUUCUUCAUGAGACUCCGCUUACUCGCUGACACCCAUGAUGAUUUGCUUGCGCAAUAAGAUAUAGACGAAUCAUUAGAUUCGGAUUUACAUCAAGUUCUCGAACUUCGAUCACGCACGCACGCGAAAAACUGGCAGAAGUAGCCAUCGGAUCGAUAGCAUCGAUAUCGUUUUAACAUUAAUCGCGAUUAAUUAGAGUUUCUUUUUCUCUCACUGCGAUAGAAGAUUGUGAUUGAGAAGGAAACAGUGUAUUAGUAAUCGUAAUUAAUCAGUCGGAGCUGUCGAUGCUAUCAAUCGCGAGAUCAGUCAGUGCAAUAGGAGUUGAACGAUAAUAUAUUUAACUAAUCGUACAUCUCUGAUCUUCGUAUGUUUAUAAUGUAAUUGUUUUUAACAGUUCAACUUUUUUUUUUUAUUAAUGAAUUGGGUCGCGCAUGCCUCUGUUUUGUGUGAUUCAGUAACUUGUGUUGCAGCGCAUUAGCGGUAUCUAAGAGUACAACAUUGAAAAGUGUUAUAAAUACCAAAGAACUUACGGACUGUAAAAAAGAAAAGCGACUACAAGUUCAAUUCCCUCCAGGUGUGCUGUGACCUUAAGUACGUUUCAGUCCGACAUGUAAUAUCCGCGAUGUAAAGAAGAAAGAAGAAAAAAAGGCUGUCGGUAUUAAACAAGGCGGCGUCCAAUACCGACUAUUUUUUUUACCAUGAAAAAGAAGAGAGAGAGCGAGAGAGCGAGAAAGCUCGCGAAAUAUAGCGCGUGACAUGACGAAACGCAGUAUUCUUUCCUUGUACUCUUAGAUAGAAACGAUCGUUUAUUGCACGAUAAAACACAGCGUAAGUAUCGUUUCUCUGCGUCCCAGGUGAAAAGUGUUCUUCACAAGGCGUGGCGUGUUGAACUCUGCUACUUAUCUUCAAAUAUUUAGUGUGAGAGUGAAUAUUUUUAUGAAUUUUAGACAAUUCGAAGCAUUUGUAAUAGAUUAACUAACUUAGGUAGAUUUGACGCUGCCCACGAUUUAUUCUAUGUCGAAAUGGGAUGAAGAGAUCAUUCGUCGCAAGGGGACUCACAUAAACGCGGUUUUUCAGUGCCGUGCACUUUUCACCCUGGUGGACAACAUGAAUGAAUAUAUCGUUCAUUCAUUACAAUACUAUGAAUGUAGAUUAUGAAAAUAAAAUCAGUUGAGAUAUUUUACAGAA